GUGAGGCGAGCUGAAAAUGAGAGGUCCUGUACAAAUCGUCAGCUUUUCCUGCUUCCUGUUUUCUGUUACCUUUGUGCAAGGUCAAGAAUGUCUUGGAGAGGACAUUACAUAUGAAAACACACAACCAGUUGUAAAUGUUUCAUACGCUGAUGGUGAAACAGUAAACGUGAACUGCAUGACAGGUUAUAUCGGCUUUUAUAAGUUAAAGUGUAAAAAUGGGCAAUGGCUGACGGUAAUUGCACGAAGAUGCUCAAAGAAAAAAUGUGGUCACCCAGAGGAAACACCAAAUGGUUAUUUUAAACUUAUAGAGGGGAGAGAUUAUACUUAUGGAGCAACAGUGGAGUAUACUUGCAAGACAGGGUACGAAAUGACAAGCAGAAUCAAUCGGCGUCACUGUAGAAUCAAAGGGUGGGAUAAUUCUGUCCCUGUCUGUGAGGAAUGUCUUCGAGAGGACAUUAAAUAUGAAAGCACAGAACCAGUUGAGAAAGCUUCAUACGCUGAUGGUGAAACAGUGAAAGUGAACUGCAUAACAGGUUAUACUGGCUUGUAUAGAUUAAACUGUGAAAAAGGAGAAUGGAAAAAAUCCAUUGAGCGGCCAUGUGCAAAGAGAAGAUGUAGUCAUCCAGGCGACAUACCAAAUGGUGAUUUUAAACUUAAAGAGGGGACAGAGUAUGUUUUUGGAACAACAGUUGUGUAUAAUUGCAAGAAAGGGUAUGAAAUGACAAGCAGAAUCAAUCAGCGUACCUGCAGAGCUCAAGGAUGGGACAACGCCGUCCCUGUCUGUGAGGAAUGUCUUCGAGAGGACAUUAAAUAUGCAGACAUAGCACCAGUUGAGAAAGCUUCGUACGCUGAUGGUGAAACAGUGAAAGUGAACUGCAUGGCAGGUUAUACUGGCUUGUAUAAAUUAAAGUGUGAAAAAGGAAAGUGGAAAAACUCCUUUGAGCGGCCAUGUGCAAAGAAAAAAUGUAGUAAUCCAGGAGACACACCAAAUGGUGAUUUUAAACUUAAAGAAGGGACGGAGUUUGUUUUUGGAGCAACAGUGGAGUAUACUUGCAAGAAAGGGUAUGAAAUGGCAAGCAGAAUCAAUCAGCGUACCUGCAGAGCUCAAGGAUGGGACAACGCCGUCCCUGUCUGUGAGGAAUGUCUUCGAGAGGACAUUAAAUAUGAAAACACAGAACCAGUUGAGAAAGCUUCAUACGCUGAUGGUGAAACAGUGAAAGUGAACUGCAUAACAGGUUAUACUGGCUUGUAUAGAUUAAACUGUGAAAAAGGAGAGUGGAAAAACGCCAUUGAGCGACCAUGUGCAAAGAGAAAAUGUAGUAAUCGAGGAGACACACCAAAUGGUGAUUUUAAACUUAAAGAGGGGACGGAGUUUGUUUUUGGAGUAACAGUGGUGUAUACAUGCAAAAAAGGGUAUGAAAUGACAAGCAGAAUCAAUCAGCGUACCUGCAGAGCUCAAGGAUGGGACAACGCCGUCCCUGUCUGUGAGGUGGUGAAAUGUCCAGCCAUUCGCACAGAUGGGGAGGUGACUGCAUCGGGUAACACAGAGGAAGGACGUUAUGGUGAUGUUAUUCAAUUUGAUUGUGUAUCUUCUGACAAAAUGAUAGACGGAAGUAGUGACAUUCACUGUGAAGAGACGGGAAAAUGGAGUGAUGCUGUUCCAAAGUGCAAAGUUAUAGCAUGCGCAGCACCUGUCAUACCAAAUGGAUAUGUUGUUGAGCCACGGACAGAAUACCAGAAAGAUGCAACAUUAAAAUACAAAUGUAAUGAAGGAUUCAAACCCAGAGAGGGAAUCCCCAAAUGUGCUAAAUUUGGCUGGACUCUGAACCCAGGAUGUGAUGAAGUAACCUGUGAACUGAAGUCAACCACAUUUGGAGUAAAAAAGAUCAAGCCAGAGGGAACAACUAUUUUCAGAGCUGGAGAAAGUGUGGAGAUCACCUGCUCUGAAAAACACUGGUUAUUUGGUACAAAAGUAAGCAGCAGAUCAUUUACAUGCAAAGAUAAUGGAGAGUGGGACUAUGAGCCUGUUUGUGCAGAGGUUACAUGUGAAGUUCCACUUGACCAGCAUGUGUAUUACCCAUCCUAUUACUUCAGUGGAGAUAAGAAAUUGGGCGAAAAAAGAUCGUACCCUUGUGAGUCUGGAUAUCGUAAAAUGGCAGAAGAGGCCACAUGUACACGAGAUGGAUGGACACCAAAACCACUGUGUGCUGAAAUGUGUGCAGCACCUAACAUCCCAAAUGCAGAUAUUGUUCGAGGUCAGAGACAAAAAUACGGAAUCAAUUCAAGAAUAGUAUUUAAAUGUCAUCCUGGAUUUGAACCAAAGGAGUCUUUUGAAAUCAUCUGUGACUCCCAGGGCAAGUGGACAGACUUACUUCGGCAAUGCGCAAAGUCUUGCCUUGCUCUAUCUGUGGAAAAUGGGUUCAUACACAGCCAAUCCUCCAACAAGGAAGAAAUCUUUUACUCCUGCAACACGGGUUAUAAACCAUUCACUGGAAACUGGUGGGAUUCAGUGACAUGCAGCAAAGGAUCUUGGUCUGACGAGCCUCGCUGCAUCCGGGAGGAAGAAUGUGGUGCUCUUCCCAGUGUUCACCAUGGAAAACUAAAGCAAACCCGUCGUGAUCGAGAAACUGCUGAAGUGGAAUGUGAUCCAGGGUUCAUAUCAACUCAACGCAUCAUAAAAUGCACCAAUGGUAGAUGGGAGACACCAGUGUGUAAAGAGGAUGUGCGUUGUGGCAUUCCUCCAAAUGUGGAAAAUGCAGUCAUAACAUCUAAACCUGAAGAAUUUUAUCCUGAUGGAUCUAGCUUAACAUACAUAUGUCGAAGCUCAUACUUUAUCAGUGGAGAAAGAACGGUUUCCUGUCACAAUGGAACAUGGGGAAAAACACCAACAUGUCAAGAUGAAGGUCAGACCACCAGUUGUGGACCACCACCAGACGUGAACGAUGCAGAUACAAUAGAAAUAACAAAAAAGGAAUACAAUACAGGGGACAGCAUUGAAUACAGCUGCUUUAAUAAAUACACAUUGGAUCUGCGUCCAUCUUUCUCCAGAUACUUGACCUGUGUGCAAGGAGAAUGGAGAGGGAAGAUUAGGUGUUUAAAGCCCUGUACAGUGACGGUGGAGGAAAUGGAAAGAAGAGGUUUAGAGUUGGCCUAUGUUAAUCGACAAAAGAUGUUCGCACCACAUGAUGAUCACAUCACCUUUGUGUGUAAGAGGGGCGAUGUUUUAGGAGGUGUUCCCCUAAGACAACAGUGUAAUGAUGGAGUGAUGACUUUACCUGUGUGUGAGUGACAGUGAGAGCAAAACAUUGGUGAAGCAACAAAAAUAAAUGUAGCAAAUAAAAAAAUAUUGUUCCCAAUUCAAUUUCUAGAUUUUGGAUUUAUUGCAAGUAAAACUAAAGAAAUGCUAAAAGCAACAUUUAAAAUGUGCAUGUUAAAAACUACAUUAAACCAUUUAAUGCCAGCUAAGUGAUAUGUACAAUAUAAUAAUACAAAUAAAAAGUUGCAAAAUCUCUGUAAGACCAAAGACAAAGUUGCAAAUUAUAUAUAUAUAUAUUUUUUGUUGUUGUUGUUUUUUUUUUACCUUUGUGACAAUUAAAUGAUGC